GUUUGGUGUGGCUCCAAAGAACAUAAGCCGCGCGAAGCCACCGCCGUCGAUUUCCACGUCCAACCUGUCUUGAUGUCAUCCAAGUUGAACCCUAAAGCUGGCGCAUUUGUACCCAGCUUUGUAGUUCCAGUCGAGGUUGUGAUUACACCUGCGCUGACGACGACAGUUGUGGCACCAUCCCCGGGCGGUUCCAAGAAGAACAAAGGAAAUGGAACGUCGACGCACAAACCCCCCAAGAGUACCCGCCAACCUGUCACCAUGGUACCAACCGAACCGGUGACGCCGCCACCCAUCGAGAUCCCACUGCCAACCAUAUACAGCGUCGACGAACUAGUUGAGGCGGGUCGCGUUGUGCGUGGUCGGCAGCACUACUCGAUUCCAGAGCUGUUACAGUUCCGUCCGUUUUUCACCGCCGUGCCUCCGCAUUUCGACUUGGCCGGGGUCAACGCCACAUGCGGGGGCACCGUGAAAGAAAAGACCAAAUCCGCCGCCAAGCGGGACAAGCAGCGCGCCGCCGCCGCUGCCGCCGCCGCACAGCCCGUGCUCCAUUACGACCCGAAUGCGUACGCGUACUUCCCCACGGCGGCAGCAUCAGACCCUGACCACAAAAAGGACAAACAACCCCGUCACACACCAACCGAGUCACCCGAGGACGAAAUGAACGACGCCGUGGCGAAUGUCAACAGCUUGCUGGACCGCCUGCCGCCGUCCGACAUUUCCGUCGACGCGACCGUCCAUUCAUUCCACGGCAUCCCCGUGACAUGCACGUUGUCACUGCAGGCCGUCGUGGGCGUCUUGUUUGAUCGCGCGAUCGCGGCGCCGCACUUGAGCCACUUUUACGCCCCGUUUUGUUCGGGGCUGUCGGACACGCUCCCGGAUUUCAAGGACGGCGCCCGGACGGUCAACUUUCGCCGCAUUUUACUCACGAAAUGCUACGAAGCGUUGGUCGAAGAGCCCGACCAUGCGUCGUGGCGACGACAGAGUAUGCUGGGCAAUGUCGGGUUGAUUGGUGAGCUCUUUCGACGCCAACUCCUCACGGAGAACAUCAUGCAUGUGUGUGUGGCCAUGAUGCUGGACUCCGAUGUGGACACCGUGCAACCCGCGCCACAAGUAUUGCAAGCGGCCUGCCAACUCCUCCUUCAAGUACGAAUAUUGUCCAUUCCGCCAAUAUGUGGAAUGGAAAAUCGAUCGAUUUGUUUUGUACUGAAUGUGUGUCAAAAUUGUUCCGUGUCACACUAAUAUACGUCACACACUAAAUCGAUGUUGCAUCGUUGAAGCCAGAGUUUGCUUGGUCACUUGAAUCGUGUUCUGUCUUUUGAUUGGUCGAUCGAUUGUCGAUUUCGUUCGAUGGAGCAAGCAGCACCCGACUGCAAUGUCGAAAAAUCGAAUCGACAAUCCAUCAUAUAGAUGGAAAAUGGAACCCAUGGGGUGUUUUAUAGGUGGGGGAUCUGCUGGAUGGGUCGUCCCCUGCGUCGAGGCGCACCAUGGACGAGUAUUUCGACGCAUUGCAGCGCUUGGCGUGCCGUGACCACCACCUCCCGCCGCAACUGACUCAGCUCAUUCAAGAGACGAUUGAAGCGCGGUCGAGUGGAUGGAUACGCAAGCGAAGUGACGUUGCUGACGUACUAGUACAGUCGUCGUCCCCGACGAAGCAAUCUGUGUAGAGCGUUAAGUACACGACUUGUCGCCGCGUUGAGAUAUUUAACAUGUACAAUAUGACGUCCACACCCGGUUC